CCAAUAGAUCUCUGACCACUCUUACCCUCAUCAUCUAUUGUGAGAUGCAGGAUUCACUAGCUACGUCUCUUGGCGAAACACUUGUAGCAGAAUCCAUUUUAAAAUCCCUCACUCUGAUCAUUUAUGGAAAAUUAAGCUAUUCUGCUGCUAUCUCCUUAGAAAGAAGUUUUCUGGAAAACAGUGCUUUAGAUUUUUUGAAAGUGAAAGUGUUUGGAGAGCUUCCUGACAACUGGGUGACUAUUGCUGAGAAAGUGCUAGAGGCAAAAAAGACAAAGAUGUCAGUUGCAUUUCAUCCAAAUAUCACUGGAACCAUAUCGAAGACACAGGUGGCUUGUCUUUGCCCUGGUUUUGAACUGCAGUCAUUAACUUUAAACCUUUGGGGCGAGUUGAGUUGUGCAGGGGCAGACACUCUCUGUAACCUCUUGACAACAUCGUCAAGUUCUUGUGUCACUUUGAACAUCCAUGGAAAAGUAACAAAAAGUGUCGCUGAAUAUCUUGUAAGUUAUUUAAAGCCAUGCAAGACCCUGUCCUCUCUGAAUAUCAACAUCUGGGGAGAACUAACUAAAGGUGGAAACAGUGCUCUUCAAGAGUUAACCUUUAAUGGCGAAUAUAGGUUUGCCUUUAAAGUCUGCAGUGUGGCCUCAGAUGCCUGGAGUUGUAAAGAUCUCAAUGACACAAGAAAUGUUUUUUCAUCAGUUGAGCACAAUUCCUCAAGCCUCGACAUCUCUAAACAGGAUUUCUCUGGUUCACACUGGGUACGCAAUCUUAAAGAUCGUUUGGAAGAAAACACGUCAUUAACCACACUAAGUCUUAUACUCGACGACCACAGUGACCUGAGUGGAGACUGGGCACGAGGUCUGGGUGAUGUUUUGGCGGUAAAUACUUCAUUAACUACACUAAGUCUUACAUUCAACUUCCGCGGUGACUUGAGUGGAGACUGGACACGUGGUCUGGAUGAUGGUUUGGCGAAAAGUACUUCAUUAACCACACUAAGUCUUACAUUCUACCAGUACAGUAGGCUGGGUGAAGACUGGGGACGUGGUCGGGGUGAUGGUUUGGCGAAAAAUACUUCAUUAACCACACUAAGUCUUACAUUCAACGACAGCCAUGACCUGACUGAAGACUGGGGACGUGGUCUGGGUGAUGGUUUGGCGAAAAAUACUUCCUUAACUAGACUAAGUCUCACAGUCAGCGACUGCCGUGACCUGCUUGGAGACUGGACAUGUGGUCUGGGUGAUGGUUUGGCGAAAAAUACUUCAUUAACUACACUAAGUCUUACAGUCAACUUCUGCAAUAACUUGAGUGGAGACUGGACACGUGGUCUGGGUGAUGGUUUGGCGAAAAAUACUUCAUUAACUACACUAAGUCUUACAUUCUACCAGUACGGUAGGCUGGGUGAAGACUGGGGACGUGGUCUGGGUGAUGGUUUGGCGAAAAAUACUUCAUUAACUACACUAAGUCUUACAUUCAGCAAGUGUUUUAACCCGAGUGGAGACUGGGGACGUGGUCUGGGUGAUGGUUUGGCGAAAAAUACUUCGUUAACUACACUAAGUCUCACAGUCAGCGACUGCCGUGACCUGCUUGGAGACUGGUCAUGUGGUCUGGGUGAUGGUUUGGCGAAAAAUACUUCAUUGACUACACUAAGUCUUACAUUCAACGAC